GCUGCGCUCCGGAGCAUCGCGGUCCAUGUGCGCGGCGCGGAUGCUGAGACUGCGCCGCAUCGCCUGAAGCGCCACCGGCAGCAUGUCCACCAUGUCCAGCGCCCCUCACGACCCCUUCUACUCGUCCCCGUUUGGACCUUUCUACAGGAGACACUCUCCCUACGUGGUGCAGCCCGAGUACCGCAUCUAUGAGAUGAACAAGCGGCUCCAGUCACGCACCGAGGAAAGUGACAGCCUUUGGUGGGAUGCCUUUUCCACGGAGUUCUUCGAGGAUGACGCCACGUUGACACUGUCCUUCUGCCUGGAAGAUGGACCAAAGAGAUACACCAUCGGAAGGACGCUGAUCCCUCGCUAUUUCAGCACGGUGUUCGAGGGCGGUGUCACCGACCUGCACUACAUCCUCAAACACUCCAAGGAGUCCUUCCACAACUCAUGCAUCACGGUGGACUGCGAUCACUGCUCCAUGAUCACUCAGCACGGCAAGCCCACAUUCACCAAGGUCUGCACAGAAGGACGUUUGAUGCUCGAAUUCGCCUUUGAUGACCUCAUGAGAAUCAAGACCUGGCAUUUCACAGUGAGGCAGUUUAGGGAGCUGCUUCCCCGAAGCAUUUUAGCCAUGCAUGCACAAGACUCUCAGGUUCUGGAGCAGUUGUCGACAAACAUCACCAGGAUGGGCCUGACGAACCUCACCCUCAACUACCUCAGGUUGUGUGUGAUCCUGGAGCCCAUGCAGGAGCUGAUGUCCAGGCACAAAACCUACAACCUCAGCCCCCGGGACUGCCUGAAGACCUGCCUGUUCCAGAAGUGGCAAAGGAUGGUGGCUCCACCAGCAGGACACCCACAGAACUUCAAAACGGAGAUUUUCCCCACAAAUAACAAAAAAGCAGCCGAGCCGACGAGACAGACGACGACGAAGCGGCGGAAAAGGAAGAACUCGGCGAGCAACGCCUCCAACAACAGCGCAGGGCACGGUGGCGGCAAGAAGCGCAGCCCGGCGGGCGGAUUCAGCCUGUCCAGCCAGGUACCUGACGUGAUGGUGGUCGGGGAGCCGACACUGAUGGGCGGCGAGUUCGGGGACGAGGACGAGCGGCUCAUCACACGUCUGGAAAACACACAGUAUGACGCCACCAAUGGCAUCGAUGACGAGGACGACUUUAGCGGCUCGCCGGCCCUGGGAAAUAACAGCCAGUGGAACAGCAAGCCUCCUAACAGCCAGGACACUAAACCUGAGGUCACAGUGCCACCACCACCACAGUAAUCUGGUGUCACCACUUGGGCGGCGCUCUCUGACCAUGGCAUUGCAGCCCAUGUCAUGCUGCGUCACAAACGUCAGGCAUUGAUUUCAAUCCACAGCAAAGAAAGGGAAUAGAGAGUUUAUAUAUAUAUAUAUAUGUAAUUGCUUAUAUAAUGACUCUAAAUACACAUUUUUUGUAAAAAGGCAUGCAAAUAUUUCUUAGCUGGAUGUUGGAAAAAUGUGGAAGACCAACAUUAACUGUAUGUACAGUAUCCCAGCAAAGAGUCUCCUUCAGCAGCAACUGGCGAAGUGAAGAAUCCGGAAGACUUGCCAUCAAGUCGAUAUGCAAUCUGUGCAAGCGCUGUCUUGGCGCCCCCGUGUGGCCACAGCUGGUUGCAUGGAAGCCAGCUCUCUUACUCAGCCCAGUUGGAGCGUCUAACACGAGACGCUCAGUUUCUACUUGUUUGUAUUUUCUCUUCCCACUCUUCACUUUCAUUUCUUUGGGGUUUUUUGUUCCAAAUCGCUCCUGCAUGCGGGGAGUAAAAAAAAAAAAAGAACUCUGAUUUCCUGAAUUGCAUUUUUACAGUAUUUGAUUAUUGUUAUUUAAUUUUAUAUAUUUCUUCUAAAUUUAUUUCCUAAUGACGUUUGUCCCCAGAAAUACGAUAACUCAACUGUAAAAAACUGGCAGCUAAAAGAAAUGAAAAUGCUCCUGUUCUAAACAACAAACAUUGGAGAUGAAGGCUUAUUACACAACUGAACAGACUUGAUUUAAAUAGCAAUGUAAACAUUUUCCUGAGUAAAUUUACAAAUUAGGAAUUAGUAAGUGGUAUUUUAGGUUAGACUUAGGUUAGGAUUUAGGUGAAGAUUAAGAACUACAUUUAGAUUAUAUUAAAAUUUGAUUUAGGAUUAAAUCGUAAGAGUUGGUAUUUUUGGUCGAUAUUUGUCAUAAGACUUUUUUAUUCUAUUAUUAAAACUGUACAUUUUUUCUCUUCGUUUUCCUGAAUAAGUUUAAUUAUAAUGUUUCCAAGCAAUGCAUUAAGAAGUGUUACGAGUACGUCGUUAAGGCCUGAAAUUCUUCCUGACCUCAGUUUGAUAUGGACACGUCAUUUUUUUGUGAAGGGCAAUAAGUUUGAGUCGGACUUGUACACAUCUGCCCCCCCAUCGUACUGAGAAAGUCACAAUAAUUAACAGUAAGAAUCUAAAGUGGUGCCAAUGACUCCAAUAAUAGUCAAGCUUCUCCUUUUUUGUGUUAACUUUUGUAUUUGAUUAUCUGUUAAGGACCAGUGUUGACGUGUUUGAUCCUGUGUAAAUAAUCAAAGGUCAUCCCAAGGUCAUUAAAUAUAUUUCUUAGAGGGAAGCUUUAUAGAGAUGCUGUUGUGUUUUAUUGUGUCUUAUUCUGUUUGUCUUCAAUGCAGUUUGAUUUACACUCCGUAUUUUUGCAAAGGAAAAUGACCUCGGCUGUUUUUUUCUAUUGUAUUUCUGUGAUGAUUUGGAAAUAAAGGAGCACAUUUUAAAAUUC